AUGGCUGCUACUUACUGCUCUUAUGCUCUACACAGUCCAAAACCACCACCGCCAAAAUCUCUACGUAACACCUAUUCACAUAAUGGUCUAUCUCUCGAAAGACGCAAACCCAAGCUGUCAGGCUCAACAGUAGGGUGUCGAAUGCCGUUGAAACCGUUGUUAGCUUCUCUUCAUUUCGGGACCUUCUACAGCAAGAAGAAGAAAGUCUCUCCUGAUGGUGUUCAGGAAGAGGAGUUACAAUUUGAAGCUCAUUUUGAUACCUCUGCCCCUCUCCCUCCACUCACCGUUCCUCCAAAACCAUCAAAACCCGUCCAUCAAGAGUUUCUAUCACGUGUCAUGGCCAUGGCAGCUGCUGUCUUGAAAAUAAGUGAGCUGCUUAAAACUAGUAAUGGUAGUGGAGGAGGAGGAGGAGGCGGCGAAAAGGACGUGGACGGUGACGGCUCAGCUGAUGUGGACUCACCACCACCGCGUGCUGCAAGUCUUGGUUUUUCCACCCGCUUUGCAAGCAGGGAGAAGAUCUCUUUAUCUGGUUAUGUAAAAGAUACACAAUUUGAAUUGCAUUGCAACGUCUCUGCUUUUCUUUUCGGUGCAAAAUUUUCAAAAUUCCUUAAAUGGGUCUUCUUCAAUCCUGUGGUUGUGCAAGCGAUCAUAGCUGCUAUUACUAAAAUUCGUGAAGGUGACGGUAGUGGCCAUGGCGGAAGGGGCUCAGUUGGUGCUGCUGGAAGGGCCAUGCAUCCUAGGGUAAAGCUUCGGACCUCUCUUGAUUUUCAGACCUUCGUUUUCAAGAAGGAGAAGAUCAUGCUCGCUGGCCAUGACAAGUUCAUUGUGAGAGGAGGCAAGGAUGUGUUUCUCUUGCUCCCAGAUGCAUUCCAGGGAAUUAAACAGAUUGGUGUCCUUGGUUGGGUUUCCCAGGGUUCUGUUCAAGCUCGGAAUUUAAGGGAUGCACUCGCUGAAGCCAAGUCUGAUAUAAAAGUCAAGGUCGGUGUCGAGAAGGAUUCUUGCUCUUUUGCUGAAGCUCGUGCUGCUGGUUUUACUGAAGAAAGCGAUACUUUAGGAGAUAUCUGGGAAACUAUUUCAGGCAGUGAUCUUGUGCUUCUUUUGAUUUCCAAUGCUGCACAGGCUGGUGUUUAUGAGAGAGUUUUCUCUCACAUGAAGCCAAACAGCAUCCUUGGGCUGUCCCAUGGAUUUCUUAUCGAGCAUUUGCAGUCAAAGGGGCAUGAUUUCCCAAAGCACAUCAGUGUGAUUGUUGUGUGUCCUGAGGUAGAGGCCCAUUCUGUAAGGAGAGACUAUGUUCAUGGCCAGAUGAUCAAUGGAGCCGGAAUUAAUUCCAGCAUUGCAGUCCACCAGGAUAUCGAUGGUAGAGGCACAGAUGUUGCCUUGGCAUGGUCAGUUGCCCUUGGCUCACCUUUUACAUUUGCAACUACAUCAUAGCGGGAAUGCAAAGCUUGUGCAGUCUGAGCUUUAUGUCGAUGUAUGUAUAUCGAGGGAGAAUGUUUUAUUGGUCAUAUUUGUAUUUUUGCCCCACGUCCAAUACUAUAUCAACACUAAAACGUUAAAUUCAUAAUAAGCCAUCUGUCCUAAGGCUGAACUAUUCUGAUACAAAUCCAACUAAGCUAUCAUGUUUGAUAUGCUAUAUUGUGGUCCUUUAAAGAUCCAACGGCUCGGUAAGAUCAUCGACACAACUAUGUUGUAAUUUUAUUUGGAAGCAGGG